UUUAGAUCCAUAAAUACCCAAGAAGGAAGGUCCAGAAACUUCACAGACGCCUAGCCAUCCAUGUUUGUCAAGCUUUCUGCUCUCCUAGUACUACUAGUACUUCUGGCACCCACAAAAGCCCAAGACCUUAAUUUCAUCUACAAUGAUGGUUUCUCUAGCCGUUCUGGUCUUAAUCUCAGUCUAGACGGCGUAGCAGGGAUCACACCAAAAGGUCUCUUGAAGCCUACAAACCACACCAAAGAGAGAAUUGACAGAAUGGGUCAUGCCUUCUACCCUAACCCCGUAACGUUCAAAAACUCAGAGAAUGACUCUGCUUUCUCCUUCUCCACCAACUUUAUCUUUGCCAUUCCACCAGAGUUCACUACUUUCAGUGGCCAUGGAAUGGCCUUUGUCAUCGCUCCGACGAGAGGCCUCCCCGGAGCUAUGUCGGGCCAGUACCAGAGCCUGUUCAACGUCUCCAAUAAUGGGAAUUUCACCAAUCAUGUUUUUGCUGUGGAGCUUGACACGAUCGAGAACGCGGAAUUUAGUGACAUCAAUGAUAACCAUGUUGGUAUAGACAUCAAUGGCUUGAACUCUAUCACAGCUGCCCCAGCUGGUUAUUUUGAUGGUCCGCACUUCAAGAACCUGACUCUUAUCAGUGGUAAAGAAAUGAGAGUCUGGGUUGAAUAUGAUGGUACCAAGAAGCAAAUUGAAGUUACUAUGGCUCCAAUUGCUGUUGCAACUAAACCCCCAACUCCACUUUUGUCUUUGAAAUAUGACCUUUCCCCAAUUCUCAAGAAAACCAUGUAUGUUGGCUUUUCCGCUUCAACUGGUCCGUUCUUCACAUCCCAUUAUGUAAUGGGUUGGAGCUUUAAGAUGAAUGGCCAAGCUCAAGACCUUAUAGCUUCCAAACUUCCUAAGUUGCCUAGCAUUGCAGGUAAAAAGAGGUCCAUGCUUUUCACCUUUGGUGUGCCUCUGAUUUCCGUGAGUUUGGUUGUGCUACUGGUUUCUGGGGUGCUUUAUGUCAUAAGUAGGAAGAGGAAGUUUGCAGAAGUGGUUGAAGAUUGGGAGCUAGAGUAUGGUCCUCAGAGGUUUAAGUACAAAGAAUUGUAUAUAGCCACCAAAGGGUUUAGGGAAAAGGAGCUUUUGGGAACUGGGGGAUUUGGUAAAGUUUAUAGAGGUAUAUUACCCUCCUCUAAAUUUGAGAUUGCAGUGAAAAGGGUAUCACAUGAAUCAAGACAGGGGAUGAAGGAAUUUGUAGCAGAAAUUGUUAGUAUUGGCCGACUUCGUCACCGAAAUUUAGUACAACUGUUGGGAUAUUGCAGGCGAAAAGGGGAGCUGCUUUUAAUCUAUGACUACAUGCCUAAUGGAAGCUUGGAUAAAUACCUCUUUGAUCAACCUGAGGUGACCCUUAAUUGGAGCCAGAGGUUUAAAGUCAUCAAAGGUGUGGCUUCGGGGUUAUUCUAUCUUCAUGAAGAAUGGGAUCAAGUUGUGAUUCAUAGAGAUGUGAAGGCCAGUAAUGUGUUGCUAGAUGGGGAAUUGAAUGGAAGGCUAGGAGAUUUCGGGCUUGCAAGAUUAUACGACCAUGGAACAAACCCUCAAACUACUCAUGAUAUAGUUGGAACACUCGGGUACCUAGCUCCAGAGUACACAAGAACAGGUCGGGCCACCACGAGGACUGACGUGUUUGCUUUUGGGGCAUUUUUGCUCGAAGUAGCUUGCGGAAAAAGGCCAACUAAGACACAGGGUCCAGAAGAUGUGAUUUUGGUUGAUUGGGUGUUUUCUUGUUGGAAUAGAAGUAACAUCCUAGAGGCAAGAGAUCAAAGCCUUGGUACGGAUUUUGUGGCCGAGGAAGUGGAGUUGGUGUUGAAGCUUGGGCUUUUGUGCUAUCAUUCGGAGCCAGCGGCAAGGCCAAGCAUGCGACAAGUCGUUCAGUACUUGGCCGGUGAUGUUGCUUUGCCGGAAGUGUCACUUUCCGGGUUUUCUUCUAAUGGAUUAAUGAUUGGACACCUUGAAGGUUUUGAUGACUAUGUUAUGUCUUAUCAGUCUUCUUUAGGCAAUAAGUCCUCCCAUUCAUCAUAUGUUCCAGAGUCGGCACUACUUUCAGGUGGUCGUUGAUUCCAAGCAAUAAGUAUAUAUUCAUUCACAAACUUGGAAUCAAAAGCCAUACUACUUGCAUACACCUUUGAAAGUUUAUUAUAUCUUAUAGCCUUUUAUAAGUAAUGGGAAACCAAUUGAAAAUCUCCAACGCACCUUCUCAACAGUCAUGUAUCACCGCUGUCUUUUUUUCCCGCCGAAUUUCACAGAAAAGCGGUGCUCUUGCUGAAACCUAGACUAUUUGAUACAGUGUGUGCUUCCCUAAUUUGUAUGCCUUUCUGAAGUUGGAAUGCUUGUAAUCUGUUCUUGCAAAAGUGUUCAUCACAAGGGAGUGUGGGGUUAGGAUGUGAGAGCUUUGGCUCUUCCUUUUGAUUUUGUACAUUUCAAUUAGUGCCCUCGAAUUGAAAACGGUAAUAGUGUUGCUCAUAUUCAUAGUGCCCUCGAAUUUAAGACGGUAAUACACACCCUUCAUAUUGUGGCAUUGACUAAGUAUGAGAGUUUUGGUUUUUUCUUUGAUUUUGUAUCUUGUAUUUAGUGGCCCAAGUUUGUCACAAUACUAGUGUCGCUCAUGGUAUAAUUAUCCAGGAAGUUGUGAUGUUCUUGAGAUAUGAAUUGAAGAUGAGGGUUCCUAAGAUAUGGCUCGCUAGAUGAAUGUGAUGGCAUCGAGUGUGAGGUUAGGAUGUGAGAGCUUUGGCUCUUCUUUUUUAUUUCAUACAUUUCAAUUAGUGCCCUCGAAUCCAAGACGGUAAUAGUGUCGCUCAUAUUCGUAGUGCCCUCGAAUUUAAGACGGUAAUCCACACCCUCCAGAUUGUGGCAUUGACUAAGUAUGAGUUUUGGUUUUUUCUUUGAUUUUGUAUCUUGUAUUUAGUGGCCCAAGUUUGUCACAAUACUAGUGUCGCUCGUGGUAUAAUUAUCCACGAAGUUGUGAUGUUCUCAAGACUAAUAAU